UUUAUUUUGAAAGUCCGCAGCAGUACUCCUCUCCUGAUCCGGGAGACUUGACACUUCCGUUGCUAUGGUGCAACCUCCAUAGCAACCGAGCCACUGAGAGGGAACAUGAAGAUUCUGUGUUUUUAAUCGAAGAGGAGGGUUUGCAGAAGAUGAAGGCUCGGUUAGCUUGACGUAAAGAUGCAAACCACAAAAGUGAUCAAGCCGAGACCGGUGGGGGCUGCGAGGAGGACCCGAGAGAGCAGCCAGCCGGUGACGGUCCGCACGGCUGACGGAGGACACGGUGAACUCAAAGUGCCCGCUGUGCGUAAAAGCCGCGCGUCGAGCUGCCCGAGGUGUCCGCGGCGGGACAGGUGCGAGGGCCCCGCCUUCAAACCGAGCUGUGAGAGGAGGGCCAGGUCCUCAUCCACCGCCCCCAAAACCUCCUCGAAGUGGCCCAGAACAAACCCGGAACACCGGAAGACGAGCAGCUCGCGCAGCUCUGUGAAACCGGCUGCUGUUGAGCCAACACGUGGGGAGCUGCCCGGCUGCCAGAGGGAGCCGAGACAUGCAAGUCAGAGUCACACGGCUUUCACCGUCAUCCCCCCGAACCCCAAGAGAAGAAGAGAGAUCCAGAGAAAGGCGGAGGCGGAGCUCGCCGCUUUAGAGGAGUUUCGGCUGAGCAGAGCGAUGGCUUAUGUCUCCAUCAACCCCAGCAGUGUUGGUGGCUGUAUGAGUCUGGAGGAAGUGCGUCUGAAGCAGCAGCAGGAUAUGAUGGAAGCCAACAGGAAGCAGAAGCCGGUCUGAAAACGUGUGGAGAAGCAGCUGAUGGAGCAAACGUUACACACAAAGAGUUCAAGUGUUUGAAUACAAACACAUUGAUUGUACAGCGUUAUUCUGCACGCCGUGGAUACAGUUUAGUUUGUACGUAUUUUGUAUAUAAAAUGUACGUCGUAUACAAAUCAUACAGUUUAAAGCUUCAUCCCAAUAAAAAUAAAAACAUAAAAUCACACUUUAAUUCUCACAAACUGGCAACCCAAAGGUUUUAUUCAUUCCUCUGUGGAAGCAUUGCACAUGGAGUGAUACUGUAAACGGAUUCAAAUGUAUUUAUUUGAAGGCGUAAAGAGUUAAUUAUACGAUAGAUUUGUCUUAAAUUGUCCAUGUUUUUCUUUAAAUGUUUUGUCUGUAAGGUUUGUAUUUCUGCCCCCGCCCAAAUACCACUGAAGUUAAUGGACUGAAUGGACUCCAACCGUUAAAAAAAAUCAUUUUUAAUAAAGUCAAAAGCAGUGCCAUGUCCUGCUUACACUAGAUAAUAAUAUCAUCAUAAUAUAACAAUAAUAAUCUGCAGAACAAAUACAAAACGAUUCACUCCAGAAGUCUGUUUUCAUGUCUCUGGUUGGAGCAGCUGCCGAUGAGGCUCAUGGGUAAUGUAGUCUUUAGCACCAUUUAACACUCAAACUGAUUUGUCAGGAACUAAAGUGCAGCGGUGGAAGAACUCAGUAUAAAUGUAGCACUUAAGUAUUGUAGCAGAUUCCAACAGAGCUAAUUUGACUCUUUUUAUAAAAUGUUGGAUUAAUUUACUGUAUAUGAAUAUAAAUAUAUAUAUUUCCUUCUGAAAUGGUGCAAAGUUAAAGUAUAAGGCAUAAAUGAUCAAGUACAGGCGUUGAGUAAAUGUACUUAGUUACUUUCCACCACUGCAAAUUUGGCACAUUAUUAAUUACAAAUGGUCAUCACACACACACACACACACACACACACACACACACACACACACACACACACACACACACACACACACACACACACACAGUAUUGUUAAUUUUCCAAGAUAUUUCUGAUUUCUGUGUUGAACACCUGUAUAGCAGACAUUAAAAUAUGCACAUCAUAAACUUGUAAAAUAAAUGUGAAAGCCCCCGUAGUGUUUUAAAUGUUGUACCUUAUUCUAGGCGUGGUCAGUAAACACAUCACAGUCUUACAUAAGGCAUGCAUUACAGAGAUGAUUUACAGACAUGAAAACUGUUCACCUGUUCUGAAAUAAACCCACAGCCAAUAAAAUGAUCUGGUGCAGUAAA